AUGGGUUUUCAUAUCAGCUUGUCUUGGAGAAUUCUGCUAUUGCUGUCUUUAUGUGCUGGCCCCAUGUUUGGCUGUGACGUUGGAUGGUUUGGACCUUUUUGCCGGCUCAAGUGCCACUGUAUCAACAACCAAUGUGACGACAUGGGCACAUGUUUGAACGCUUCUCGGUGUGACGUAGGCUGGUUUGGUCCUUUGUGUCAGUACAUGAACCUUGCGAGUCUAGAAGAUGGCGUGAUCCUAACACCAGCGGUUCCAGAAUUGACAGAUUCGCAAAACGAUACGUGUUCAGAUAUUGAAGCAUUCAGCAUAAUAUGGAAGCAAGCAUUUGAAUUAGAAUGGAUUCAAAUUAUUUCUCGUGGUAGGUUUGCUACUCCACCUUUUGUAAUAAGUAUAGCAAGUAUAAUACAUGAACCAAAGUAA